AUGGAGCCGCCGACGUCCGCCCCAGCGGCGGAACCGCAACCCGAGAGCCCGGGUCUCAUCCCGAUCCGCCGCGCUCUCAUAUCCGUGUCCGACAAGAACUGUCUCCUCGGCCUCGCCCGAGUCCUUGCGGAACGAGGCGUCGAGAUACUGUCCACGGGCGGCACCUUUCGCGUCCUACAAGAGGCUGACAUUCCCGUCAACGAUGUGUCCCAGUACACAGGCUUUCCCGAGCUCAUGGGCGGCCGUGUCAAAACACUCCACCCCAAGAUCCAUGGAGGCUUGCUCGCCGUUCGCGAUGAUCCAGACCACGCCGCGGCGAUGGAGGAACACGAUAUCCUACCGAUCGAUCUCGUCGUCGUUAACUUGUAUCCGUUUGAGGCCACUGUUGCUGCCGGGAAAUCCUUUGAAGAAUGCGUUGAGAACAUUGACGUUGGCGGGCCGACCAUGAUACGUGGGGCAUCGAAGAAUUUCCGAUACGUCACCGUUGUGACCGAUGUGCAACAAUACACGGAUGUAAUCGCUGAGCUCGACGAAAAUGAUGGCGCGACAUCGCACAAAUUGCGUCGCAAGCUGGCAGCCGCAGCUUUUGGAAAAUUAGCGGCGUAUGACGCGGCUGUCGCGAAACGCUUUUCUUCAGAGCUCCAACAAACGUUCCCGGACCACUACAUGAUAUCAGCCAAUCUGAAACAGAGCCUUCGGUACGGAGAAAAUCCGCAUCAGCUGGCUGCGUUUUAUUCAUUUAGUGGACAGAGUCCCGGGCUUGCAUCCGCGGAACAAGUACAGGGCAAGGCCCUCAGUUUUAACAAUAUUUCGGACACUGACGCCGCGUUUGAACUUGUGUCCGAGUUCACGUGUGCCGAGCCCGUCUGCGCCAUCAUCAAGCAUGCCAAUCCAUGUGGCGUUGCUUCUGGUGUCACCGCACAAGAUGCGUACCUGCGUGCACUUGCUUGUGAUCCGACGUCUGCUUUUGGCGGGAUCGUCGCUCUCAAUGUCACAGUAGAUCUUCAUGUGGCUGAGGAGAUUGCUAAAGUUUUCACGGAAGUUGUCAUCGCGCCGGAUGCCACCGUUGAAGCUCUGGAAAUCUUGUCAAAGAAAAAGAACCUACGUGUGAUGUUGACGGGCACCAUGCCUGAUCCGGAGGGUACUGGUAUGACCUUCAAAUCAGUGUCCGGAGGAAUGCUUCUUCAGACAAGAGAUAAUGGAACUAGGGAUGAAGAUGACGUAACUGUUGCUUCCAAAAAGGUUCCCACAGACGAAGAAAUGAAGAACCUGCUAUUUGCGUGGAAGGUUUGCAAGCACGUCAAGUCAAACGCUAUCGUGUACGUUAGGAACAUGGCCACAGUUGGGACAGGAGCAGGUCAGAUGAGCCGAGUGGAUGCAUCUCGAAUUGCAGCAUGGAAAGCUGAAGAGGCCUCAUCAAACGCUGAGGAGGAAGAAAGCAGGACGGUUGGAAGUGUUGUGGCAUCAGAUGCAUUCUUCCCGUUUGCGGAUGGACUACUCGCUGCAGCUGACGCCGGGGCCACUGCUGUGAUACAGCCUGGUGGUUCCAAAAGAGAUGCAGAAGUUAUCGCAGCUGCAGACGAAAGAGGAAUUGCAGUCGUGCUGACAGGGAUGCGCCAUUUCAAACACUAGUUCGAAAAGUCGUGAGAUUUCGACAACGUGCACGAAGUUAUUGCAACCAAACUGUAUAUCUACAUUGCGGGUACAGGGAGCAUCCAACUUGAUUCUUAGAGAGAUAUUUUCGGAUACUUUGACAAGCCAUACAAUUUACAAAGCGCAUUGUUUUUCUCUUUCAGGGUAUUCAGGGAUUGGUUUGUACAGAUCUACUGCAUGUUCCCCAUCCGGUCUCUUCAGGGCGGCGGAGAACCCAGGUAAAACAUAUUGGUAUCGUUUCCUGCUUGGCAAAAUCACUAGACAAAGUAAUGUAUGCAAAAGAAACUGAUAAAUCGUGUGUUGGUCGUUUUGAGGUCGGGGCUA